AUGGCCGGAUCUUCCGUCGACGAAGCAGGAUACUCUCCUCAGUACCCGGCGGACAGCAGCCUCCCCAACGGGCUCCAGGCAUUCAUCAGCGAGUUCUACAGGAUAUCGGACAGGCCGGAGGACAACGAGCGCUGGGUCGGGCAGUUUACGGAGGAUGCGAGGGUCGUUAUCGGGCCGGGGAAGGCUACUGGGACAGAGGAGCUGCGGACCAUGCGCCAGGGAAUGUGGGCCGCCGUGGCAGAGCGCAAGCACACCAUCCACAAAGUGUUCCCCGGCCGCUUCGACGACGAGGAGGAGGAGGAGGGACUGUCUGCGGAAGAGGGCAACGGCAACAACAAGCGAUGCGAGCUGAUGCUGUACGGGGACGUGGCGUAUAGGACCAAGGACGGGAGUUCGAGCACGGUUCCGUGGGCGGGACAUGGGGUUUUGGAAAAGGUGCGGGAUGGGGAGAAGGGGGAGGAGGAGGUGUGGAAGUUUGCAGAGUAUCGGGUUUAUUUGUUGAGGUGA